UUGUGGCAUUGGAGGCGUGGAGGGGGGAAAACUCAACGUUCAACAUUGAACUCAACAUAUUCAACAAUUGAACUCAAGAUUCAAUAUUCAAUAUUCAAUAUUCAAUAUUCCAAAUGGAAACUCAGAUGGGUAAUUUCUCAUACAUCACCACUCUUACGAUCGUAAUUGCUCCUGCAAUCCUAGCUUUUCUGGGCAUCAAACUGUUGAAGAACAAGCGAUUCCGUAAAAAUGGAGAGAGAAAAAAAUUCCACCCGAUUGGUGGGACGAUGAUUCAUCAACUCCUAAACUUCAAGAAGCUUCAUCAUUACAUGACUCGUCUUGCUGCCAAGCAUAAGACUUACAGAUUAUUAACCCCUUUUAGAAACGAGAUUUACACUUCUGAUCCUGCUAAUGUCGAAUUUAUCCUCAAAACCAACUUUGAUAACUAUGGCAAGGGGGGUUAUAACUAUGACAAUCUUAGUGAUCUAUUAGGUGAUGGGAUCUUUGCGGUUGAUGGGGAAAAAUGGCGCACCCAAAGGAAAAUCUCAAGCUAUGAGUUCUCAACAAGGAUGUUGAGGGAUUACAGCAGCAAAAUCUUCCGGAAAAAUGUAGUAAAACUAGCAGAUAUAAUUGCUGAUGCUGCAAAUUCUAACCAAAUAAUGGACAUUCAAGAGUUGUUUAUGAAGUCAACACUAGAUUCCAUAUUCAAAGUUGCAUUUGGAGUUGAGUUAGAUAGUAUGUGUGGCUCAAACGAACAAGGAAGGAAAUUUAGUCAUGCUUUUGAUGAUGCUAGUGCUUUAUCUUUGUACCGAUAUGUAGACAUCUUCUGGAAAAUCAAGAAAUAUCUCAACAUUGGUGCUGAGGCUGAACUCAAGAAAAACAUCAAAAUCAUCGAUGAUUUUGUUUACAAAUUGAUCAGUAACAAAGUGGAGUUAAUGAAAAGUUCAGAGACCAAUUUCUCAGAAAUGCAGAUAAAAAAGGAUGAUAUAUUGUCCAGAUUCUUGGAGCAUAGCAACACUGAUUUUAAGUAUUUAAGAGACAUUAUCCUGAACUUUGUGAUUGCUGGCAAAGACACCACAGCUGCUACACUUUCAUGGUUUAUUUAUAUGCUUUGUAAACACCAGGAUGUACAGGAAAAGGUUGCUGAAGAAGUAAGGAAAGUUACGAACAUGGAAGGGGGAAGAUAUUAUUCAGAAUUUGCAGCUAGUUUGACGGAUGAAUCACUUGAAAGAAUGCAGUAUUUACAUGCUGCAUUGACAGAGACUCUCAGACUCUAUCCUGCAGUUCCAGUGGAUGCAAAGAUAUGUUUUUCAGAUGAUACACUCCCUGAUGGUUAUAGUGUGAAUAAAGGAGACAUGGUGGCUUACCAACCCUAUGCAAUGGGAAGGAUGAAAUUUAUAUGGGGUGAUGAUGCAGAGGAUUUCCUACCAGAAAGAUGGCUUAAUGAGGACGGUAUCUUCCAGCCCGCGAGUCCAUUUAAGUUCACAGCCUUUCAGGCAGGUCCGCGAAUUUGUCUAGGCAAGGAAUUUGCUUACAGGCAGAUGAAAAUCUUCUCUGCUGUUCUGUUGAGCAGUUUCAUCUUCAAACUCAGUGAUGAGGAAAGCACUGUUAAUUAUAGGACAAUGAUAAACCUCCAUGUUGAUGGUGGUUUACAUAUUCGUGCUCUACAUCGAAAAUAGGUACCUGUAAAUAUAGGUAAAUCCCCUCCCCUUUCUUUCCAGGAAAGAAAAGUAAGUAGUAUAUGACGGAGUAUGUAAAAUUAAUGUCAGAAUCCAACUGUGUAAUUUAAGUGUAAUAAUGGAAGAUGGUGUACAUAUUUCCUAAACUCAAUAAAAAGCCUCUUUUCCAGAUUUAUAA